UCUACAGAAGGCAGCACGUGUUCUCUGUGCACCACGUGAAGCUUGAAACAAUCCAUUCAGCAUUCCUUCAUCAAUGUAAAAAUAUCACAUGAUUGAGUGGGAAAGGAUUAUUUUCGUGGCCUUCACAAUGGAUGCCAAUGACAGGGCCACCAACACGCCACUGGACUGCAGUCAAUAUGGGAAUGAUGACCACUGGACGGUAGAUGCUUCGGUUAACAUCACGAAGGACAUGUACCUUGCUGAGGACGGCCUUAAGGGAAUCGACACCUUCUCAUGUGACGGUUGCCACGAGACCCUAUGGAACCCCACAACCUUUACAUGCCUUCACUCAUACUGCCACGAAUGUUUGGUCAAGCAGGUGACCACUGACCACAAAGGUGAGAGGACAUUCAGAUGCGGCCAGUGUGGAACUGAGCUGGAACUGACCAAAGACGGAGUUCCGGAGGUCAAGGCGUGGGUCUAUGUCAGCAGAUUGCUGGACAUAUACAAUAUAAAUAAACUGCUAGGUGAUUGUACGUAUUGUGAAGCAAAAGGCGUCACUUCGUCAGCGAUGCGCAUUUGUCUCACCUGCUACGUACUUCUCUGUGGAGAAUGCAACACCAUACACACCCUGGCUCCUGAGACGAGGUCGCAUAGGGUUAUGUCUGCACUGAGGUACGUGAUGAAUGACUACCAGGAGAAGUGGGACCAGCCAUCAGCCAGAGACUGUCUGGACCUUCAUGGUCCCGAUGUCCAGUACUAUUGCCACACGUGUGAAAUCGUUGCCUGUCUCUCCUGUCUCCAGCUUGACCACGCUGGUCACUUCUUCGCCACAGUCGACCAAAUCCCUGCUCAGACAAAGAAGAGAGUCAAAAACGUCGUUUAUGAUAUCGUAUGGGAGAAGAAAGCUUAUCGAGGAACUGAUUCUGGACCAGCGUUGGUGACAUCUUCUAGCUUCACGCAGGUUUUCAUCCAGAAAUCUGGUCGUGUACAUUUGAAGGCAAUAUGUGGAGACUACGAGACGACUACUGAAAGGAUCUUCAACCCUGACCUCCAGUGUAGGCUUAAGAAGAAGAUCCUGUCAGGUGAUCUGCAUCAAAGCCUGAAACAAAAACAUUCGUUUGAUAGGUUUUGGAACGGACUCGCUACAAAGAAACAUAACUUCUGUGGUCCACAUGAAAAUUUGACGAAGACGGUUGCUCCGUUUGAAAAAGGAUGUGACAUGAACGACAUAGAUGAAGGCUUUGUAGAUAUGAAUUCUAGGGUAUUCACUUUGGGGGGCGAAAGGCCCGAUUUUAGAAAAGGAUCUGGUCCACGUUCCAUUGCAUCAUCUGUGAUGAGCACGUAUAAUCGUUACAUGUACUUCACAGAUGACGAAUCUGAAACUGAAACCGAUAAAAAUGUACAAUGGGAGACCUGUUCAUCAGUAAGCGAGUCGGUACACGAUUCUCACGAUUCCUCUAUGUUCUCGAAAGACGAUCUGGAAUGGCAAGAAGAACAAAGCUGUGUAACUCAAGAAUCAUCUGAUUCAGACUUGUCAUCUGAUGAAGAGGGUGACGUAACGUACCGUUGGUUUAAAGAAAGCUGUUCCAACCACCUCCCCGGGGACUGGGACUAUGGCGUGAAUCAGUCAAUACCCCGGCGACGUUCUCGUGGCUGCUCUAGGGGACUCUGUACUGACCGAAAUGGCGACAUCAACACAUGUGGGUGCCUGGUUCUCCUGUCUUUGGAGUGCUGGCUGGUACCAUGGCUUUAUGAAUUAAUUGUACAGUCUUGCUUAAGAGUGUUAUGAGUGAUCAGUGCGUCAAUAUAAUAUAUCGCCGUACGUCAAUACACAAUAUGGUACGUCAUACGCCCGAACCAUCAU